AUGUUCUCAGGUGCAUCAAUAUGGGGGCUUUUCCUCAUAGCCCAGCUGUGUGUUGGUGUCAUGGGGAACUCCCUGCUCUCCAUGCUCUAUCUGUACAUGUUUUUAUUCCAACGUCAUCUGAAGAAGCCCAUCGAUGCCAUUUUCAUGCACCUGACUGUGGUCAACAUCCUGAACCUCACCUUCACAAUGUUACCAGACAUCAUAGCAUGCUUCAGAAUCCAGCAAUUUCUGGACAAUGUGGGCUGUAAAGUGGUGGUGUACCUCUUCAGAGUCACCCGGGGACUGGCCAUCAGUACCACCUCACUCCUCAGUGCUUUUCAAGCCAUCACCAUCAGCUCUAGCCAUGCCCAGUGGGUGUGGCUUAAAUCUAAGUCUUCAGUGUGGAUUUUCCCUUCUUUCCUCUCCUUCUGGGUCAUCAAUAUGGUCAUCUACAUCCCAGUCAUUACAGCUAUGAAAGCCAAAAGCAAUUUCACAUUGGUUGGUCCCGCGAUGUACAAUGCAUAUUGUGAGACUCGGCAGAUAGAAGACAAUAGAUCAUGGUAUUUCAUCUCUAUCUUAUUAUUUCGAGAUCUUGUGUUUGUUAUCCUCCUGAUCACCACCAGCCUCUAUAUGGUGAGCCUCCUGUACCGACACCACAAGACAGCCCGGCACCUCCAUAGUCCCAGGCUUGCUUCCCAGUCAGCACCUGAGAACAAGGCCACCCACAACAUCUUCCUGUUAGUCAGCAGUUUUGUGUUCUUCUAUUGCUCCCACAACAUCGCAAACUUUUAUUCUUUUUACACACCAGUGAAAAUCCCAACACUGGAUGUGAUCAUUUGUAUUUUAUCAUCAUGCUACCCAACCGUUUGUCCUUUUUUCCUAAUGAAGAAUAAUAAAGUUUUUCCAAAUGUAAACUCUCCUUCUCGUUGA